CUUCCGAGCGCCAAGCAGCUUUCCCGCUUCCUAGGCGCGGAAUGUCGGGGAGGCAUUUCUGUUUGCUAAGAUGCUGCGCGUUGUGAGCUGGAACAUAAAUGGAAUCCGAAGUCCCCUGCAAGGGGUGGUUUGCCAGGAACCCAGCAACUGUACCUCCAUGGCCAUGAGACGCAUUUUGGAUGAACUGGAUGCCGAUAUUGUGUGUUUCCAGGAGACCAAAGUGACUAGGGAUGUGCUGACAGAGCCCCUGGCUAUCGUUGAGGGCUAUAACUCCUAUUUCAGCUUCAGCCGAAUCCGUAGUGGCUAUUCUGGUGUAGCUACCUUCUGUAAGGACAGCGCUACCCCAGUGGCUGCUGAAGAAGGCCUGAGUGGCUUGUUUGCCACCCAGAAUGGGGACGUGGGUUGUUAUGGAAACAUGGAUGAGUUCACCCAAGAGGAGCUCCGAGCUCUGGAUAGUGAGGGCCGUGCCCUCCUUACACAGCAUAAGAUCCGCACUUGGGAAGGAAAAGAGAGGACCUUGACCUUCAUCAAUGUGUACUGCCCCCACGCAGACCCUGGGAAGCCUGAGAGGCUGACCUUUAAGAUGCGCUUCUAUCGCUUGCUGCAGAUCCGAGCAGAAGCCCUCUUGGCAGCUGGCAGCCAUGUGAUCAUUUUGGGUGACCUGAAUACAGCCCACCGCCCCAUUGACCACUGUGAUGCAGUCAAUCUGGAAUGCUUUGAAGAAGACGCAGGGCGCAAAUGGAUGGACGGCUUGCUUGGUAACCUGGGGUGCCGGGCUGGAUCCCAUGUAGGGCCCUUUGUUGAUAGCUACCGCUAUUUCCAGCCAAAGCAGGAGAGGGCCUUCACCUGCUGGUCAGUGGUUAGUGGCGCCCGCCAUCUCAACUAUGGUUCCCGGCUUGACUAUGUGCUGGGGGACAGGACCCUGGUAAUAGAUACCUUCCAGGACUCCUUCCUGCUACCUCAGGUGAUGGGCUCUGACCACUGUCCUGUGGGUGCCACCUUGAAUGUGUCCUCUGUGCCUGCAAAACAGUGCCCACCUCUGUGCACCCGCUUCCUUCCUGAGUUUGCAGGCACCCAGCUCAAGAUUCUCCGCUUCCUAGUUCCUCUUGAACAAGAACCUGUGUUGGAACAGUCAGCACUGCAGCUCAGCAAUAAAACACAGGUACAGAAACAGCAAAACAAAGUCCGUGUGCGCUCAACCAGGCCUCGGCCAAGUCAGUCUAACUCCAGAAGAGGGCAGACAAACCUGAUGAGCUACUUCCAGCCCUCCUCCAGCCAUUCCAAAACUUCUCCUGACUUGGAGCUGCAUAACUUGCCUCUGGUGAAAAACCUCAUAACCCCAAAGACUCUAGAAGAGAAGGUGAUGGCCAGAGAGGUAGAAGGGCAGGCCAAGCAUUCAGAGGGUAAAGAUGAGAAGGAGUUACGAACCUCAUUCUGGAAGUCUGUACUGGGGGGACCUUCACCCAUGCCCCUCUGCAGUGGCCACAGGGAGCCAUGUGUGAUGCGAACUGUAAAGAAGCCAGGACCCAACCUGGGUCGCCACUUCUACAUGUGUGCCAGGCCCCGGGGUCCUCCCAGUGACCCCUCCUCCCGCUGCAACUUCUUUCUCUGGAGCAGGCCCAGCUGAGCUAAUGGAGGCCUAGGGAUAUCUGGCAUGGUUAAUCUGCACAGGAUCUGAUGCCAGCUCCCCAUUCUGUGCUGCCUUCUUCCCUGAGACCUCCUUCCUUCUUUUCCUUCUCCUCCUCCUCCUUUGUCUAAUUUUCAUUCUUUUCCUCCCACAAGGUAUCCCUCCCUCUAUGCCAACUUCCUCUUCCUCCUCCAAGGCCUCUUCCUCUGUCUUCUUGCCUGCAUCCUUGUUUGUGAGCUUCUGUACCUUAAUGCUGUGACCCAGACCCCCACCAUACUUCCUACCUUCCUGUCAGAAGUACAUGAGAACAAGCUGCCCUAGGAAGUUGUGAUUUAAAAUGCAUUCUUUUCUUGCUGGGAAAUUUAUUUGUUCAUAA